GGGCUAGCUGACGUAUCUCAGGGGUCUUCGCACCCGAGAAGGCCAAUUGCCAGCUGUUAAUACGAAAAGUUGACUGUCCGUUGAAAACGAUAGAUAUCUGAAGGUGGUUUUUCAACAGCCAUUGACCAUACUGUACUUAUUAACAGCAGAUUAUUUAUGAGAGCCUUUUCUCCGAUCAUCCCGCGCCACGACCGCCGUUAACCGCAAUAAUCCUCUCCCAAGUUUUCGCCUACUCCCUAGUCGACCCGGAACAAUGCGCCUACCGUGGUCUCAGCAAGCAGUAUUCCUCUGCUUGCUCACCCUCGCUGGCACCUCCUUCGCCGAGUCCGACAAGACGACUACCUCCACAGCAUGCACGGCAACCUCGCCUGCAGGCUCGUUCUUUGACCUGCGGCCAGACAUCGCCGUCAAGGCACCGGCCGAUGGCUCCAAGGCAUCCAAAAAUGCACCGACGGUCGAUUACCAUGCCCGAGGGUACGAUUACGCCUCCAACUUUACGCUGAACAUCUGCGGGGCGGUGGUCGAACCGAUAGACAACGUGAGAGGCGUCGAUAAAGGCGCAUGGCAGAACAUCAGCGCGUAUUAUGUCUCUAAGGGGGAUGUGUACAGUCUGGGUUCGCAGUCGAGCGUCCUGACGCCGCGGGGCAGGAAACUGGUGUUGCAAUACAAGGGAGGGUCGCCAUGUGGCCCAGUAAGUGAGAAGAGGGAUGCAACACUCGUGGAAAAGAGCAAUGUUCAUACGGGGGCGUCGUACAAGCCCUACUACGGAGACGAGGACGAAAACGCAUCGGCAACCAAGUCCGAGGACAUCAACACAGCCGAAGAAACGAGUUCGCAUCGGCGGAAGUCUGCCACCAUUUCAUUCCUGUGUAACCAGGACCCCAUCGCCUCGGGCGCAGCUAUAUCCUUCGUUGGCACGGACCCCGACGAAUGCGCCUAUUUCUUCGAAGUCCGCUCGCCCAACGCCUGCGCCGGCGUCGAGCCCCACAAACCCGGCAGCGUGGGCCCGGGCUCGGUAUUCGUCAUCAUCUUCAUCAUCGCCGUGCUCGUGUACCUAGGCGGGGGUAUAUUCUACCAGCGCGCCGUAGCUAAUGCGCGCGGGUGGCGCCAGUUGCCCAAUUACUCCCUCUGGGCUGGGAUCUGGAGCUUUGUCUCUGAUGUAUUUGUGAUGACGACGUCGUCUUGUGCGAGGUUCUUGCCCAGUCGUAGGGGCUACCGUUAUAUCUCGGGCUCGUCGUCGGCAACGCGCAGGAGUCGGGAUCGGGAGGCAGAGAAUAGGCUGAUUGAUCAGUUGGAUGAGGAGUGGGAUGAUUGAGGACCGGAAACGGCACCGGCGGGCUGGGGUGUAUGUGUAUGUGUAUAUUAAGACAGACUUGGGACGGGGAACUCGUCGAUGCUAAGCAUCGGAUUAUCCUGGGGGAAAUGGCGCCUAGGAUCCCAAUGGGUUUCAAUAUCUACACUGAUAUAGUGUUAUGAAAUACCAGGUUUUAUUUGAAC